AUGCCUUGCAUCAACAAUCCUGACCUCAAACAUCCUUGCUCGAUAACCCGCUCUGUGGCUUAUAACUUGGUUGGGCCAGCAUUACCACAAGCAUUGCAUUUCGUCCGGUACCGUAAUGCGCAACAAUAUUCCAAGUCUAUCGGUAAAAUCGUGGGCGAGGAUGAGAUUCAGAAAAACCCAGUGCUUUCCAGCAAAGAUAUCACAGGCCUCGUGGCCAUUUCCACCCCCAUUCAAGAGUUCGAUUGCUCGCAAUGUGAAUCUGAAAGUGUCCAGGGGUUGGAUUCAUGGGGAUCAGGUAGACUUACCAUCAUCAUGCGUGUUUGGCUUCUCGAGGCUUUUGCCUGGCGAGGACUGCGAGCUCACAGGGUCAUUCCUGGCCCGUUCCAGCGUGAACCGCAUGUCCUUUUAAUUGUGAACUUACUGAAAGGGAAUUUAAGCAAAAACCAUGUAUACGAAGGACAUUUCUCUAAUGUGGUAGAGAAGACACCCACUGAACAGUUGAUUUCGACUGCAAAACACCGGCUUAUGACACCCGGAACAAAAAAGACUGGUUAUGCCGACAAUGCUUAGAGACGUUUAUACACGACCAUCUCCAUGUUUGGUACUCAAACCAGAAGGUUGAGAAAGGACACCUGAUCCCGGACAAUUGCAGCCACGGAUACAACUGCGUUACGCAAACCGAAUAAAUAUGCACACGCUAAGGAACUGGAUCACUUGUGUGAACCUAUCAAGGGAUAUGACAACCUUUGAGUGUGACCUCGCGGGAAUUCAUCAUGAAUCAAGCACCCUGUAGACGAAUUUCGAUGUGUGAUACUGUAACAGAAGUAGAGAACAAGUAGAG